AUGAUUAGGAAACAAGCAAGAGAGAGAAGGGAAUACCUCUACAGAAAGGCUUUACAACUUCAAGAAGCAUCGCGCACUGAAAAACGUCAACAACUCAAAGCUGCAUUAGCACUGGGGAAACCAUUAUCAAAAGAAUUGGCAGAGGAUACUCAACUACAACGUGAUUUCAUUUACGAUCAAAGUGAACAAGAUCAAGUAGAUAUCGAUGAUGAAUACAGCGCCCUCUCGGGUAUAUCUGAUCCCAAAGUGGUCAUCACCACGUCGCGAGACCCAAGUGUUCGAUUACUACAAUUUUCCAAGGAAAUAAAAUUGAUGUUCCCCAAUAGCUUGAAAUUAAAUCGUGGUAAUUACAUUAUUAAUGAUUUGGUCAAGACUUGUACAAGGGUUCAAGUCUCCGACUUGAUAAUAUUGCAUGAACAUAGAGGUGUGCCUACGUCGCUUACAGUCAGUCAUUUUCCUCAUGGUCCAACAGCUAUAUUCACUUUGCACAAUGUGAAAUUGAGACAUGAUUUGCCAAACUUAGGUAAUAUAAGUGAAUCUUACCCUCAUUUGAUUUUUGAAAAUUUCAAUACUCCAUUGGGUAAAAGAGUGGUGAAAAUCUUGCAGCAUCUAUUCCCACCUGGAGUUAAACGCGACUCAUCAAGAGUAAUCACAUUUGUAAAUAAUGACGAUUAUAUUAGUGUGAGGCAUCAUAUUUAUGUUCGUACAAGAGACAGUGUUGAGGUUAGUGAAAUCGGACCAAGGUUUGAAAUGAAGUUGUAUGAGAUCAGAUUGGGUUUGGCUGAUAAUACUGACGCUGAUGUCGAAUGGCAAGUACGGAGAUUUAUACGUACUGCGAAUAGAAAAAACUAUUUGUGA